AUGAUGAUGGUUGAUAAAGACCCGAAAAAGAAAUUGAGAGUAUUAGACGGACGGAAAUCAACCGAGAGAAAUUCAUCGAAGCCGAGAGAGCUCAAGAUUAGAGAGGUUCCGAGGAUGAGCAGGAUGUUUGUCCGUGUUUUCCAUACCUUAAAGACAUUGUGUCUCCCUCGUGUUGUGUAUACCGAUGGUUCCUCAAUGUACAAGCUCUUUUCUAGCCGCCUCGUCCUUGAAAAUAUGUCUAUAAGAAGAGAAGGAUGGGAUGGCUAUGAUCCAAUGUGCCGACCCACUACUUGUGUGAAGGUCAUUGUUCUUUGA